AUGGCCCCCCCGGUUCCCCAGUCGUUGCUGUUUGGCCGAAGUUAUAUGGAGCCGUCAAUUGAGUUCCAUAAUAAGAUUGUAGCGUGUUUCCUUCGAAGGCCUGGCCACGCUGCAAUUGUUGAUAAUAUAGUUGACGAGAUUGUUGUUCCUGCUUCUGCUGUUGCCGAAGCUGCUCUCUCUGUUGAUUUAUCUGUUGCUCCCUCUGCGCUUGUUGUUGCCUUUCUUGUUGCUGUUGCCGUUGCUGCUCUCUCUGUUGAUCUACCCACUGCUCCAUCUGUAUUUCUUGUUCCCUUUUUUGCAUGUGUGCCACAUGCGCAGCCUGCGCGGCAUCCUCGUACGCAGGGUGCACAAUAG